AUGCCGAAGAAAGGGAGAACGUUCCAAUGCUCCGGCUUCGAUGGAUGCAGCAUGUCUUUCACCAGGUCUGAGCAUUUGGCAAGACACAUCCGCAAACACACCGGCGAACGUCCCUUUCAUUGCCAGCACUGCCAUCGUUCCUUCAGCAGACUCGACAAUCUGAGACAGCACAAACAGACCGUGCACGUGUACGAAAACUUUGUGCUCACUUAUCCAGGCGACAAGAUUACCGUUCGUGUCAAGACAGAGGAUUUGCACAAGAUCGAGAAUAUCAUCAAGAACGAUGGUUCGGAGUCCUCAGAAUCUGCUUCUGUGGACGGACCGGAUUAUGUCACCGAAUCGGCCGCCAAGGUACCGUCCAACCAGUUGCCUCCUCCUCGUGUUUCCGAGAUGUUUGACCAUACUCAGACUUUCAGACCAAAGGAAAACAACCGUCCGCAGCCAAUCGAUAUUCCUGCUCCGAUCCAUAAGCAUUUACCCUUCUUGACUCCGACAUCGUCGUCGCCCUUCUCACCCUCAAGCCCGAUGAUGGCCAGGCCCUACAACCCACAGAGCCCUAUUAUCCGCUCCUCUUUUGGAACGGAUCUGACUUCCUACUCACUUCCGCUCACUCCAGGCUCCGACACGAGGCUGCCCACGAACACCAAGAGUUGGCUCACCAACGUUCUGAACGACGAUACGUGA